AUGGAUCUCCCUCCCUCACCAGACAGUGUCAUAGACGCUCUCCGUGAUCUCACCGACCCCGCGUCCCAGCUCAAAGACACCUCCACCGUGCACGCCCGCGCCGGCGCUCUCUUCGCCCGCCUCAAGGCCCUCAACCGCGCCGCAAAUGUCGCCACAAAGGCCCACAAGCAGGCCACCGCCGACGCGCGGCACCACAUGGACCAGACGCACCUAGAGCUCCAGAACCUCCUCUACGAGAAGAGGCAUCUCGAGCGCGAAAUUGACAAGUGCCGCCAGUUCGCGUCCAUAUAUCAGGACAUACCCAUGUACACGGUCGACCAAUUCGUCGAGCUGGCCCCUCCAGAGGCGCACGCCGAGGACGUCAUGUCCAACCAACACCAGCUCAUGCUCAACAGGCUCAGCUUCGAGCUGCAACCACGUCAUAGGUUGGACCAAAGGGUGAAGGAGCUCACUCAGCAAAAGGAAGAGCUUCUCAGAGACAGCAAAUCGAAGCUCGUCACAAUGGAGAGCGUAAAAGUACAGAUAGAUACCCUCGUCAAGACCGCAUCCGAAAUUCGAAAAAAGGUCGACGAGCUUGUGCCAUCAACAGUAUCACCCGUGGGCACGCCUUUACAGACCUGA